AUGAAUAAAACCCACGACAAUCCCUAACUAGACUAAAUAAAUGGUUUAACUUUAAGUUUCCAGAACCUAAAUUACAUAGUGAAUCAAACUAAAAAUAGUUCAUCUUAAGGUAGAACUAUCCUAAACAAUAUCUCUGGAAUUUGUCCUUCUGGACAAGUUACAGCAAUUCUUGGAGCCUCAGGAGCAGGAAAAACAUCUUUACUUAAUAUUUUAGCUAAAAGAGUUUCUGCUAAAGAAAAUGUUAAAAUAACAGGGGAUAUAUUGGCAAAUGGAAAUCAUUACGAUGGUGAAAAGUUUGCUAGAUUUUCUGGUUAUGUAAUGUAAAAUGAUAUACUUUUUGCCACAUUAACAGUUAAGGAGACCUUAGAAUUUGUUGCAACUCUGAAAUACACUGAUCAAAAUGAGAAAAAUUAAAAAGUUAAUCAAGCACUUUAAGCAUUGAAAUUAGAAAAAUGUUAAAAUACUUUAGUAAGUAUUUAUAAUAUUAUUAUAGAUUGGCAAUGAAAUGAUAAAGGGUAUAUCAGGUGGAGAGAGAAAAAGAACAUCAAUUGGAGUUGAAUUAGUGAGAGAUCCAUAAUGUAUUUUAUUGGAUGAACCAACUUCAGGAUUAGAUUCAUUUACUGCUUUUGUUAUUAUGUAUAUUGAAGUAUAAAUUAUAUUAGAAAUCUUUUAAAAAAGUUAUCUGUUGUUUCAAAAAGAACAAUAAUUUUCACUAUACAUCAACCAAGUUCAGAUAUUUACUUGUUAUUUGACCAGAUAUUUUUACUUGCAAAAGGAAAAUUUAUUUAUCAAGGUCCCAGAGAAAGAAUGAUAGAAUAUUUCUAAUCUAUUGGAUUUGAUUGCCCAAAAAAAGCAAAUCCUUUGGAUCAUUUCAUUUCUAUUAUGUAAAAUGAUGUAAAUAGACCAUAAGAUCUUUCAAAUUUAUUUAUAGGAUAUGAGAAUUAAUUAUAACCUUUAAUUGAGUAAUAAUUAUCUAGAAUUUAACCUACAUAAAUCUAAAAAGAAUCAUAUUAAGCUAGUUUUAAAUAAUAAGUUAUUCAGAUAUUCAAAAGAGGUAUCAUAAAUGUAAAAAGAGAUAAAGUACUUGUAAAAGGUAGAAUUGUUAUGGCAAUAUUUCUUGGAUUAUUAAUUGGAGGUAUUUUUUGGGAUGCUGCAAAUGAACCAGGAUUUAAGGGUACUUAAAGUACAACAGGAGGACUUUUCUUUCUUGUUAUGAGUAGUUUUAUGUAAGCAUUAAAUGCUGUUAUUGUUCAAUUUCCAGCAGAAAGAGAUGUAUUCUUAAGAGAAGAAAAUUCUAAGCUUUAUUCAACACUUGCAUAUUUUACUGGAAAGAGUUCCAUAGAAAUACCAUUCUUAAUACUCUUUCCAAUUAUAUAGUAGUUAAUAAGCUAUUGGAUGAUGGGUCUGAAUGAUUAAACUGCUAGUAUUGUUGUAAUUCAUAUUUUUGUUUGUGUUUUAUUAGGAAUAAGUGGAAAUAGUAUGGGUAAUUUUAAUAUAAUAAUUAUAGGAUUAAUGGUUGGAACAAUGUUGUCAGAUUCUAAGAAUGCAUCUGGAAUAAUUCCUUUGGUUUUGAUGCCACUUAUAGCCUUUUCAGGUUUUUUUGCUAAUUAAUCCUUAUUUAUGAAUUGGAUAAGUUGGGUGUAAUAUUUAAGUCCAAUGAAAUAUGCAUUUGAAGCAUUAAUAUAUGAUGAGUAUGAUACCAGAAGACAUGAAUUCAUAGGAGGAAAAAUAGACAACUUGAAUCCUAUAGAUAAAUUCUCUUUGGAUUUUGGAAUAUGGAACAGCAUUUAUGUUUUAAUCGCUUUCCCAAUAAUUUUUAGAUUAUUAUCUUUAAUGUUUUUAUAUUUGGGAAGAUCAAGAUAGUAGUGA